AUGAUAGAGCUAUUUUCGAUUUUCAGUAAAGGCGGCAUCGUGCUAUGGAGUUAUCAGGUAAACACACUAGUCAAGCUAGACUUGACUAUUUUGUUUUAGGAAGGAACACAAAUUUUCAAGGACACUAUCAACAACUUCAUCAAAGAUGUCCUCAUGCAGGUUCGUGUAUAAUAUUUUUGUUUUUAAUCGCUUGUUUUAAUUAUAAAUUUUCAAUAAUUAAUUUAGGAGAGAGGCAACACCAUGCAGUUCAAAGACCAGAAUUAUACGAUGAAGUUUCAUUUGGAUAACGAACUGGAUGUAGUUUUCUUGGUAUGAUUUUUUUAAUAAGGAAUUUUAUGAUUCUUGAAAAUUCAGGUUGUUUAUCAAUCCAUUGUACAGCUUUCCUACACAGAAAGGCUUAUGUCUUCCGUACGAGAAAGGUUCCGAAAGGCUUUCUACACAGAACUCCAAGAUAAAGCUGUGAGUAGUCUUUUUUGUUGGAAUGCAAGUUUUUUUGAAGGCUUUAUACAACAACCCAUAUGAAUUGUUCGAGUCUUUUGAUGAAACUUUCCAAGAGUAGGUUUUCUUCGUUUCAAAAUAGUGAAAACGAGGCUUCAGGUUGAUGAUAGAUGCGGCGAAAACUGCUAAAGCGGCUGAAGCUGUCGUCAAAAAGCCAAAGACUUUCCAGGUUGGUUUUCUGCUCAACUUAAGUUUUCUGAAUAUCUCAUAUUUGAGUAAAAAGAAAAAAACUUAUCGUUAAAAAAACUAAUUCGGGGUUCUUUCUUUCAAAGUGAGAGUAAGUUUUAGUUUUAUCAAAAAGGGGUUAUUGUAAGAGACGCUAAAUAACCUCUUUUUAAAAAAAGAAAGCUCGAAAUUAAUAUUUAAAUAUAUCAGUUUUUCACAGUUUUUUUACAAACAAUAUUUUUUUCGAUCUUUCCAUUUUUUUGAAGUUUUAGUCUUACAUGGGGAAAAAAAGCAAAAUAGAUCAGAUCCUAUUCAUUUUUAUAGGCGAAAAAUUAAUGUUUUCUAAAAUGCAUAUAUUUUACUUUUUUACUCCAUGCUUUUUGGCAAUAAUUCAAGACGUUUUGCCCUGCAGGAGGAAACUUUUGUCACAAAUUUAUUACUGCUUAUUUCAAACUAAAUAUUUUUUUCUAAAUUGCCAAUUCAUUUCGUUUCAAGGAGAGCGCCAAGUCGCAAAAAAACGAUCGACUCUUUGAUUGUCAGUCGUCCAGGUCAGGCAAAAAAACAGAAAAAAAGGAGGCCAAAAAAACGUCUCCAGCGACAGCUGCAUCGAAGAAAAAUGUUUUUUUAUUUUUCAAGUUGAAUAUAGUUAAUUAUAUUUAUUUCAGAGACAAUGCCGCUCUAUCGGACGGCUAUGCUUCGUCUUCUCCACCGGAGUCUCCUCCCCAAGGCGGCGACGACGAGGUCCGCAAACGACGGGAGGAAUUCUUCAGCAAAAAGAACGCUACCAAGGCUCCAAAGUUGGCCUUUGAAUCAUUGCCGGUAUCAUAAUAGCACAUUUUCAAGGUCUCCGGAAGAUACGAAAAAAAAGAACACGAAGCAGGCUCGUGUUUGGAAUCUCAGCGGAAAGGCAAAAGACGCCGUUGUUCUCGACCGCUCCGAUCCUAAAGAUGUGGGAUUUUCUGAACUUUUCAAAACUUUAUGAUUUUUUAAAGACCCAAGCCGAUGGGACGGAUCCAACGGAAGAAGAUUCGAGGUUCGUCGAAUCGAUGAAAAGUCAGGUCGGGCAGCACAAGGGCGAACUCCGCUCUUUUGCCGAUUCUGACACCGAAAGCGACGCAGACGACGAUGUCGCCGAGGAGGAGUGAGUUUUUUUUUUUUGUGUUUUUGGCUUUUAAAGAACUUGAAAGGCGCAGAUUUCUCGCAAUGUAAUAAUCAGUUCAAACUAUUGCCAAAGCGAUUUUAAAUCUUCUUAGGUGCUUUUUUCAGCCUUUCGUUUUCGAAUUUUUCCAGAAACUGAGAUUUUUUUGCGUUAGAAUAUGCUCAGAAAUCUUUUUUCAGGUGUUUGAAGGCGUAAACUUAUUUAUUGAAAUUUCCAAGGGAAAUAACUGAUUUACGCAUUAUUGAUUCACGUAUUUUGAGUUCAGGAAUAAUUUUUUUCAAACUACGGUUUUUUUGAACAUGCUUUAACCCUUUUUAUGUGUUUAGAAGGGUUCCCUUCAUUAAGAUUUCUUUUUAGAUUUACUUGAAAAAAAAUAUGAUUUAUAGUGUCGUGAAAACGUCGAAAGUCGGAUGGUUCGGGAUGCUGAAAGGCCUCGUCGGCGACCGGAAGCUCUCGCAGGACGAUUUACAGCCGGUCAUUGAAAAAAUGCGCGAUAACCUUAUCAGUAAGCUUUUUCAAGUUCAUUUUGAUACUAUUGCUUCGUGAUCUUCCUUGGGUUAGCAAACACAGUGUAUCUUGAUUCAGGAUGAAAUAGAAUAAUUUUUACUACUAUGUACAACGACUUUAUGUUAUUCAGAAGAAAAAAAAGCACUGGAUAUUCUUUAAUUUUUAUAAAUCUAUCUUUUUUUAGUGAAAAAUGUGGCGGCUGAACCCGCGGAGAAGAUUUGCCAGUCGGUCGUGAGCAAACUCGACGGAAAGGUCAUCAACAACUUUUCGCGUGUCGCCAAUGAAGUCAAGACGGCGGUCCGAGAGGCUCUUGUCCAGGUUGGCGCCAUUUUUCCAGGGUUCUCAAAGCUUCUCCUUCAGCUUCUGACUCCAAAACACCGUGUGGACAUCCUCCGCGAUGUCGUCGAGGCGAAAAGGGACGGCCGACCCUACGUCAUCGUCUUCUGCGGCGUCAACGGCGUCGGCAAAAGCACCAAUUUGGCCAAGGUUUCCAGCUGCUUUCUGAACGUUUUCCAUUUCUUUUUAAGAUCACGUUUUGGUUGAAUGAAAACGGCCACCGGGUUCUGAUCGCCGCUGGAGACACUUUCCGUGCUGGCGCCGUUGAGCAACUCCGGACCCACACGAGGCAUCUGAACGCCCUUCAUCCGAAUUCCGUCCAGGCAAGUCGUGUUUUUUUGAGUACGUCGCAUUUUGAGGUAUAACGAAAUAAACACAGAAAUUGCAAAAAAAAAACUUUUAUCUGAGGAGAAGUUUCGAUGCCGCUAUGUAGACCAAGUCAAAAAAUUUUUUUUCAGCUUUACGAACAAGGAUACGGUAAGGACUCGGCGGGUCUCGCCGCGGCAGCCAUCAAAAUCGCCUCGGAACGGGCGAUCGACGUCGUCCUCGUUGACACCGCCGGUCGGAUGCAGGACAACGAGCCCCUGAUGCGAGAACUUGCCAAGGUUUUUCCUUUCCAGGACCUUCUCAUCCCUUCUUUUUCAGCUCAUCCGUGUCAAUGAGCCCGACUUGGUACUUUUCGUCGGAGAGGCGCUCGUUGGAAACGAAGCUGUCGAUCAGUUGGUGAAGUUCAACGAGGUUUGUCUUUUAUAUUUGAAGAUUUUAUUUUCAGCAAAAUUUAUAAAUUAGUGAUUAUAAUGACUUUGUUAUUUUGCUUUGAAUAUGAGUAAUAUAUAGUUUAAAAAAAGUUAAGACGAUAGCAGAAAAAAAUGAAAAGUUUUUUUAUCAGUCAAAGAUUCACUAUGAAAACUCACCAAAAGUUCUUUACAGUGAAAAAAACUUUUUCAUACUUUCAGAGAGUCUUAAAACUAGAAUUUUUUUCAAAGUAUGUUUGAAAAAAAUUCAGUUCGAAAGUGUUCACUAAUCUAAAACUUAAUAUGAGUUUUCCUUGAUUUUUUUAGAGCUCGGUUCGUUGAAUUUUUCAGCUUCAAAAAAAUAUGUAAAAAGACGUUUCAUCGAUUUUUAGUUUAAUUAUGGCAUCUGUGGCAGAAUAUUAUCAGUUUACCAAGGUUUUUGUGUAAUAUCAACAUUGUCGAAUUAUUCAAAAAGAUUUUUCAAUAAGAAAGGUUUCUGCAGGCUUUGGCCAACCACGCCGCAACCGGCCAGAAGGCUCGCCUCAUUGACGGAAUCGUUCUGACAAAGUUCGACACCAUCGAUGACAAGGUAUUCCUUUUUAAAUUCCAAUCAUUGCCCUUCUUGUUAAUCAUAAUUGCUUUCUCGUGCUCAUCAAUAAACAAAAUACCUCAGGUCGGAGCCGCGGUUUCGAUGACCUACAUCACUGGACAGCCGAUCGUUUUCGUCGGCUGCGGCCAAACUUAUGCCGACCUGCGGAAUCUCAACGUCGGCGCUGUUGUUCAUUCUUUGUUAUCCUGA